AUGGAUGACAUCCAAAUAGAGCAUCCAAGGCCUAUCCCAAUUUUCUAUUGCUGUUAUCUACUCCGCUCGACUGUGAGACAUGCCUCUCUCUAUAUCGGGUCCACGCCCAAUCCUGCAAGACGACUGAUUCAGCACAAUGGCGUCGUCAAGGGCGGCGCUCGUCGGACUGCCGCCGAGAAGCUGAGGCCGUGGGAGAUGGUUCUGGUGGUCGAAGGGUUUACGAGCCGCCUCGCAGCUCUGCAGUUUGAAUGGGCUUGGCAAAAUCCUUGGUACUCGCGCCACUUACGAUCAGAGGAAAGCUCGGCUCCUGCAGAGGUCAAGCACAGGAGAAAGAGGAAAGCGAAAUCUGAGGAUCCGGAGUCUCUCGAUUCUAACUGCGACUCGGCUAAGUCCAAAGACAAGGCGACACCUAAGAAAAGCAAAAGACGUCCUCGUCCCCCGAGAUCCUUGGACACCCAUUUCUCCGAUUUACAUCGCCUGCUGAGGUCGACAUACUUCUCACACUGGCCUUUACAGAUAAGAUUUUUCUCGGGCGACCUUUAUCAAUCCUGGAAUGCUUGGUAUGAUCGAGUCGAUGUUCGUCUUCGAAGCCCUGUCAAGGUCAUCUUGGACGGGAGUUGUCCUGAGAUCGGCGCACACGCCGGUGGGAAUGACAUCAAGUUUGGUGGCGUUGAAAAUGCCAAGAUAACCUAUGCCACAAUCCGAGACUAUAUAGAGAAAGCCAUAUUCCUUCUCGACGACCCAAAAGAUGUUCGCUGUCAUGUAUGCCAGGGGCAAAUCGUCCCAAAGGAAGAGUUGACAACUGUCUGCCCACAGGCAGAAUGCCACUGUACCUGCCAUCUACUAUGCCUAUCGAGAAAGUUCCUUGAUGCGGCCCAGGAGCCAAAUCAAUUCAUUCCAAGGCACGGAAUUUGUCCUGCAUGUGAGGCCACUGUCGAGUGGCCAUUGAUGAUGAAGGAGCUGAGCUUCCGGAGUCGCGCAAAACAAGAGCUGUUGGAAAUUUUGAAACGGAAGAGAAGAGAUGAUCGAAAACAAAGUGUCGUGACUGGCAAGGUUGAAUCGUCGCGUCGAAGAUCCGUAUCAGUCGAUUUAGAUGACCGUUUCGGUCAAAAUGCCGAAGAUGAAUUUCUUCUGGAUGAAGACUGGUGGGAGGGAUUGGCGUCAGAGUCAGACUCAGACGCGGAUCUUCGAUUGAAGGCCCUUUUGAAAGCUGCCCCGAAACUAGAAACUGUUAUCGAGGACAGCGAGUGCGACGACGCUGAAAUUCUGUGA